AUGGCUUCCUUACGCGCUGCUGCUCGGCUGUCCAAGUCGCUGCGUCCUUCAUGCCGACUUAACAUCAACGUCUCUCGCUGUUAUUCCUCCGGAAAAUCCGCUGUUGCUGACAUCGAGUCUAUUCUUGGCGAGCCAAACUGGUCGGUCCGAUCAUUGCUUCCCGACCCAGCUUCAGGACCAUCUGCAUCCGAAGUGGUGACGCCGAAACAACUUCAUCACCUAUUGCGCAUCUCGGCACUUCCUCAACCUGCCAACGAAGAAGAAGAGCAGACAAUGCUGAAGACACUCGAGUCUCAGAUUCACUUUGUCAAGGAGAUUCAGCUCGUUGAUACUACUGGUGUCAAACCGCUUCCUAGCAUUCGCGACGAAAGCUCUGCUGCAGUUGAGGAGAAUACUAUUGGCCUGGAACGGCUCAAAGGGGCUCUGCUCAAGGAACAAGUCUCUGGAAGACGCAGAAGAAUCCAGCGUAUUCCAGGCGAAAAGAAUAUUCACCCAGAUGGGACCGCUUGGGAUGGUAAUGCGCUUGGCUCCGCUACGAAGACAAAGGGCAAGUAUUUUGUCGUUGAGAUCGGCAAUUGA